AUGAGUGCUAAUCAGCAAAGGACAGGGACAGGGCGUUCCUCCACUGAUCAGUAUGAUAACUUAGCCGCCCACACACAUAAAGGAAUUGAUUUUUUAGACAAAUACGGAAACUUUGUAAAGGAACGAUGUGCAAUCGAACUAGAAUAUGCAGGAAAACUCAGGAGGCUUGUAAAAAACUAUCAACCAAAAAGAAAAGAAGAAGAUGAAUACCAGUAUACGGCGUGUAAAGCAUUUAAACAAUUACUUCAAGAACUAAACGAUUUCGCGGGACAAAGGGAAGUGGUCGCAGAAAAUCUACAGUCAAAUGUAGUUCGAGAGUUGCAUCUACUCGCCAAAGAAUUGCGAGAAGAGAGGAAGCAACAUUUAAACGAAGGUGCGAAACAAAUGGGAGUGUUGAACUCAUCGAUAGGUUCGUUGGAACGAGCGAGGAGAUCGUACGAGCGGGCAGCCAGGGAGUCGGAGCGAGCGCUGGAGACCUUCCAAAAGGCAGACGCCGACCUUAAUCUGAGUCGGGCAGAGGUAGAAAAACAGAAAGCAAACAUGAAACUCCGGAGUCAAGCGUGUGAAGACGCUAAACAGGAGUACAUGGAUCAGCUACGCAAGACAAAUGAUGCGCAAAGGCAACAUUAUGAACAGCGGCUGCCACAUGAUUUAGACGAGAAAAGGAUAAAAAAUAUAAAGAACUUCAUGUUAAGUUCUGUUGAUGUCGAAAGGAAGGUGUUUCCUAUAAUCAUGCAGUGCCUCGACGGUAUGGAGACGGCUGCGAAUAGUAUUAAUGAAAAAGAGAAUAACAUGUCUAUGGAUGGAAAGGAGGAUUAUUCAGAUUUGCCACCGAACCAGAAGAAAAAGAAACUUCAAGCAAAAGUUAUGGAGUUGAGUAAGCAGGUGGCCCAAGAGCAAGCGGCAAUGGAAGGCCUUAUGAAAAUGAAAGGAGUAUACGAGACAAGCCCUGCGCUCGGAGAUCCCAUGACUGUAGAAGGUCAACUAAACGAGUGUUGCGACAAAUUGAAGAAGCUUCGCGCUCAGUUGAACAAGUUCGAGGAGUUGUUAGCUGAGGCCAACAGUCAGGUGGGCGCGCCGCCCCUCCACCCCACCGCCAGGACCAAUGGACAGGCGCCCACACAGGCCACUAGCAUCGGAUCAAACAGUGAAUCUCUGUCGCGGUCGGCGUCGGAGUCGUCGGUGAGUACGGGGACGGGCACGGGCGGACCCGGCGCGCGCGCCGCCGGCGGCUCGCCCGAGUCGGGGCUCGGCGGCGAGCUGGCCGCCGUGCAUCACGACCACCACGCCAACGGAGACCACGACCACGACCCCGACAACGACCACGACAACGACCACGAGUCAGACUUUGAUUACUAUUACUGCGAGCCCGAUUUGCAGCCUGUCGGAUACUGCAAAGCUUUGUACGCUUUUGAGGGUAUCGGCAGCGGGUCUACAAUGAAGAUGGAGUGCGGCGAGCGUCUGUUGGUGCUGGAGACGGACGCGGGCGACGGCUGGACGCGGGUGCGGCGCCAUCACACCAGGGAGGAGGGGUUCGUGCCCACCACGUACAUCGCCACCACGCUCUAUGCAGACGCUAAUGCGCACUAGCUGUGGGGCUCCCCCGGGCGCGGUCGGGCCGCGACGAGAUGACGGCGGGCGCGGGAGAGCCGGGGCCGGUCCGAGCUCUGCUUCCCGCCGCACGCACGCGCUACCUUGAUAUGUUUUGUGGCCUAUAAUAUAGUAACAAGUAUUUUUGCUAUAAUUUAUCGUAUCGAAAACGUUCGCAUUAUUUUUUUAUCGUGUUCUUUCUAUUCCGAUUGUUAUCCUGGCGUAGGCCACCAUUGAACAAAAACGGAAACAUUCCAUGAUCUUAUUUAUUGUGUAUAUUGUUGGUUAUAUGGCAUACAUAUUUUCAUGUAUGGAGUAUACCGUAAUAGCGUAAUGUUAAUUGUAAUGUGGUGUAACUCAUCUAGAUCUUCAUUGUGCCAGCUGUUUACGUAAUAAGUUUAUAUUUCGUACUUAUGAUAGUUGUAAUCUUGCUUUUAUGUUAUUUGCCAUUGAGUAUUUGAAAUUAUAGCAAAAAUAGGUAAAGUGUAGGUGUUAUGAAAUGUGUAAAAUAUGUAAACUUAGACAUAACUUGAAAUGCUAUCGACAUAUUAUAAUGAUUUAUGAAUAACAUGUAAUAUGGAAUCCUGUGUCAACUAUCACACGCGAUCUAUUGUAUAAUACUUACUUUAAUUGAAUUUUAUAUAGGAUAUUAUCUAAUAAAGCUAGCUAAAGUCACGAUUAGCCGAUGUUAUUUUCUGAAUAUACGCUGUUUGCGGGAACGUAUAUAUAGUUCAUGUAUUUAUAUUUAGGUGAGAUGAUGUAUGAGAGUGAGGCAUACGAUUUUUCUACAAAUAUAAAAUUAUGCGACAAUUAAACGUUGUUUGAU